GCAUAAACAUUUUAUAAAUUAAAAUGAAAAAAUAUCUGAUUUGUAUUUAUUUUUGUGCAGUGCUGUUUUUUAAGUAUUCCUCAUUUCUUUUGUACAAAAACGUCGCUUCCAAAUUAGAAGACAGAGAAGUAUUUGCUGAUGAUGAAGAGAUUAAAAACUACUAUAGCAAUAAGCGAUAACACUAACGGCUAAAACUUGAAGAUGAGCCUCCGGGGUAUAAAAUUGGUCACAUUAGAUGCUACAAAUACAAUAUUAAAGUUCAGGUUACCCCCUUGGCAGCAUUAUGCAGCCGUGGCGCAUGAUUUUGGCUUUACUGUGGACGCGCAACAAGUUAAAAAGCAGAUGCUAAGCGGCUUCAAAUCAAUGUCUAAAGAUCACCCUAAUUUCGGCAAAAAUACCAUAGCUUGGGAGAAGUGGUGGAGAAAACUUGUAAAGGCGUCCUUUACGGGACUCCUGCCUUCAUCGGCAGACGUCAAUUGCAUCGCGGAUAGGCUCAUAGAAGAUUUUAAAACUACAAAAUGCUGGAAACGUGCUGACGGCGGUGAAAAACUGAUGAACUUACUCCGCGACAAGGGUAUUUCGGUCGGUGUCAUCUCCAACUACGAUCCUAGACUGCGUGAAGUGCUACAGAACAUAAAUUUCGGUAACCAUUUUGAUUUUAUUGUAACAUCUUACGAUGUUGGCUUCAGUAAGCCUGACAAGAAAAUUUUUAGUCAUGCUAUGCAACUAGGCAAAUCUUUGUCGCCGGGACAGUGUCUCCACAUCGGGGACGACUUGAAGAAGGAUUACGAAGGGGCGCGGGCAGCGGGCUGGCAUGCAGUGCUGCUCGCUGCGGAGUCAGCUGAGACACCACCAGCCGGGAAGCAUGUGUUCAAGGAUCUGAAUGCACUAAACUUAGCCAUUCAAAAGGAUGAGUUAGUGCUCUGAUCCACAACUAGAUUUAAGUGGGUUGAGAUUAUAAAGUGACAUCAUUGGCCUCUAAUUAUUUAAGGUUUUAACUCAACAUUUGACACUGAUGUAUGAAACAUUAACUUUCUUUGUACCUCCCUUCAUUUGGGAAUUCUAUUUCUUUUUUAUGGUGUUUUCCUUAUAAUAAUGCACUAACUAAAUUUUUUUUUGUGUUUUUAUCAUUCCAUAAUGCCAAUCCUCUUACUUAAUUCAGUUUAGAAUUCUUAGAUCGUGUCACUUUAUUGUUGUAUGUUUGAAAUCCAUAAUACUUUCAAUUAUCAUUUGGUUCUUCUGAUGGAUUCUGGUUUCAAUAUGUAACACAAACAACAUGUAGAUAUUUAAAUUUGAGAAAUGCCUCCAGACAGUCUAGAAGGUAUAUCUAAAAGUAUUCCAUAUCUCUAUGUUUAUCUACAGGGGAGCAAAGAAUAAUGUUAUAUGUAUAUAUAUAUACACAUAUAAAAACAGCAUGGGAUCCAUGGAACACCAGCUGAAUGACAUAAACCAAGUCCAGGACUCAGUUUUUCAAGUAAAUUUAAAGGAUCUGUAUUUUACAAAUUUUAUUGUUGUGGGCACCAAUAUAAUUUUAAGUUAUGUUUUGAUUAUAGUUACGAAAAUCGCUCCUAAUUACGAUAUCAAGAUAUUUAGUAGUCGAUUCAAAUUUUAUGAACUUAUAUUAUUUAUUACAUAGGUUCAUAAUGUAUGUGAAGUAGUUAAUCAUGUACAACAACAAUGUAUGAAAAAACAUUAUACUAUUACUAGCCAACAUGCAAACAUUUUUACCUUGUAGGUAAUUCAUCAAUUUUCCUGUUGGCUGUGUGUAUUGACUUUGACAAUACUUGUGUUAACAAUUGAUUGUUUGUAUGUUUUCUGUUUGAUUGUUUGUUGUUAUACAAAUAUUGGGAGUUAUAUUAUUCUUGUAACCAUUUUAAUUAUUGUGAGAGUUUAUAAACUCAGAACAAACUCAACAAACAACAUAGUGUCAUACAUUUCUUGUUUUUAUUACUUAUUGGCAUGGAAUGACAUUUUCUACAUAUUUAUGUUAUAAUUAUGUGAUUUCUAUUAUUGGUUUCUACAUGCUGUACCUACUCAAUGACAUGUAUCCUUAUAGAAUCUAUGUAUACCUUCCUACUUUAUGCAGAAUAUGUAAUAUAAAACUCAUUGAAUUCAUAUCUGUGAAUGCAAUGAUCAUUAUACAGGCUUAGGGUAAUCUUGUAAGUUAAAAAAUUGUAGUUUGUUUAUACAUAUAGAAAAAAUACCUUAUUGACUGGAGUAUCUACGUCAUUUUAUCAUUCAGUCUGGUUUCUAUACUGAGGCUGUUAAUGAUUGAAUCACUGCAUUCUGAAUAUAGUCAAUUAUGUCUAAUGGUUCCUAUUAAUUUGGUAUAUUAUGUUACAGUAAUAAAAUUUUAUCCAAUA